UUACAAAAAAUGCAUUCCAAGCGAAAUAACCAGUGCUUACUGCUUACCCUGGUUUUGGGGCUACUGGGAGGAGCGGGCCAUUGUUAUGUAGUCGAACCACCUAUUGUUCACGUGGAAAUGGACAAAGCCGGCAUGCACAGGACCCUCAACUACCGUAUGCGGUUCGACAUUCCCCUGGUGGGCAAGGACUGCGAGUAUGUGCUGCUCCAGGAUUUGCCCGCAUCCGUUUACAUAAGCACAGACGAACUUGAUGACCUGCAGCGUUUGAAGAGGUUAAAUGCCAUCUACCCCAAGUUCGUCAACAUUGAAGUGGCCACGGAACGGGCGCAGCCCUUCUCCGUUUUACUGCGCGGUACACCAAAGAUUACGGAAUCGCUGGCUCUGCCCUUGCAUUUUCGCUACCAUGCCCCCAGUGAUAAGCGAUCGGCGGCCACGGUGGCCAUACCCCUACCCGAGCUCUAUCUCAACUGCCCGAUGGCUGAUAGUGCGCUCAUCGAGAACGAGUUGGUUGCCCGGCCCGAUAAGCUCUACUGCCUGAAUGCGCCGGAAAGCCGUUUCGACGAGAACCACGUCAAGGAUGGCCAGCCGACGACCAUGGCUAAUCUGGAGCGCUGCAACUGGAGGCGGGUGCACGUGGACUGCCAGCUGAAGAUGCCGCUGCGUGCCGAGAUUCCGGUAGGCCAGACUAGCGCCUACGGUCCGGUUCUGUGCGGCACGAUCCUGCUGGGUUGGUCCCUGGCCCUGUGGACCAUUAUCCACUCGAUGGCCAACACACGACGCAUCAAUCAGCGCCUGAACGAGCAGCGACUUCUGCAGCAAAAGGUCAAGUAACAGGCGACGAAGUCGGUGCGAUUCAAGGUCAGCGAUGGCUAAUUAAACAAUACAUUCUGGCGAUGACACAGGACUGUAAAUAUUUAUUAAUAUGCUGCUUGCAUACACAACUCACUUAUUGAUAUAGUUAAAGCGGCUUAAGCACCUUCGAAACGUGCCACACAUAGUAAAGUCAUAUUUUGGGCUUAUCACACAACUAAGUCAUAUUAAGCUUCCCUAAGCAUAAGCGUAAACAUAAACCAUUAUCUUUAGUUAUAGCUAGGCAUAUCCAAAUAACGCUGUCACAGCGGCAAGCUUAAAUAAGAAUAACUUAUAAUUACUACAA